UAGUUCCGUGAUGAGAUUGAACGUUCUAGCACAGUUUCUAAUACUUUCAGAAUAGAAACAGCUGGACAGCAUUACAAAACAGAAAAAGCCAACACAUUUUAUUAAAAUGCUUUGGUUUGAUGGCUCUAUUCCAGCAGCCAUCAUCUCCGCCAAACAACAGAACUCCAUCUUCGUCGUUGUAAUAACAGGCGACGAUGAGGUGUCAGCACAAAUGAUGUCCAGUUGGGAUGACGACAGAGUGUCGGAGGCCUCCCAUAACUGCUGUGUUGCAAUCAAGGCAGAUGCCAAUAGCGAGACAUGCACUCAGUUCUCCCAAAUCUACCCAGUGGUGUGCAUCCCAUCCAGUUUCUUUAUUGGAGAGAAUGGAAUCCCCCUGGAAGUUGUUGCCGGGAGUGUCUCUGCAGAGGAACUCAUGAAAAGAAUCGACAAAGUCAAACAGAUGCAUGCCCAGCAGAUAGCAGGUGAGGGAGCGGAAGCAGGGGCCCCCAUGGAGGCUUGCCACCCAGCUGUGGUAGCCUCAGAGCCAGCCCCAGCACAGCCCCCCUCACCCCCACUGGAGCUCCAGCCCAGCCACACACCACCAGCAGACACAGACAGUGCAGCAGUGCCAGUAACAUCUAAAGAAUCCCUGUCCAGGCCAGCAGAAGAAGGCGGAGCAUCAGCCUCAGUGGUCGUCACCCCCGGGGAGGACAGGAGCGCAUCAUCAGAUGACGCAUCAACCAGCUCUCAGCCUGACGAGGGCCUUGAUGCCAAGGUGGAGAGGUUAACAAAGAAACUGGAGGGAAGACGUGAGCAGAAAAAGAAAGAGGAGGAGGGUGAAAUAAAGAAGGAGAAGGAGAUGCUGGACUUCAAGAGGAGGACGGAGGAUGAGAAGACCAAAUGCAUUAUGGAUGAGAGGAGCAGGGAGAAGGCUGAGGAGAAGGCUGCCAGGGAGCGUGUCAAAGCACAGAUCGCCCUGGACCGUGCUGACAGAGCUGCCCGCUAUGCCAAUAACCAGGAGGAGGUGGAGGCAGCCCGGCUGGCAGCACUGCAGGCCAGACAGGCAGAGGCAGAGGCCAAGAAGGAGAACACACACGGCCACGGGGAGAGGAGCGCCAUAGCAAGAAUACAGUUCCGUCUUCCAGAUGGUUCUCUCUUCUCCAGCCGGUUCCCCUCAGAGGCCAGACUGAAGGAGGCUCGGCAGUUCGCUGUCAAUGAAGUGGGAAAUCGGUACGGCAACUUCUCACUGGCGACUAUGUUCCCUCGCAGGGAGUUUACGGCUGAUGACCUGGACAAAACUCUACUGGAGUUGGAGCUGUCUCCCAGUGCCUCCAUAGUCCUGCGGCCUCAAACGGGACGGCCCAAUAACACGGUGGUGCAGUCGUCCUCUGGAGGCGGUAUCUGGGCUGUGCUGGGCACCAUCCUCUACCCCCUGCUGGCUGUGUGGAGGUUCCUGAGCGGCUUCCUCUUCACCAGCCCCCCCACCCCCGGAGCAGCAGGCCCCAGAGGCCCAGCCCAACAGCCCAACACCAACUCAGCCUCUGGUUCCUCCUCCUCAUCUGCUGAACCAAAGAGAGAAACCCUUCGCAAACGCACACUGGAGAAGCAACCAGUAGACUUCAAACGAGACGGCAAAAUCCACAGGCUACGGAAUCACCAGGACAGUGAGGAUGAAAAUAACACUUGGAACGGCAACUCUACCCAGCAGAUGUAGUGCAAUAAAACUGUCUCUCCCGCUCUCUCCCCCUCCCGCUCUCUCCCCCUCCCUCUCCCCUUCUCUCUCGCUCUCUCCCCCUCCC